UCAAGAUCCUAGCACCUUUGAAAACUGGGAUCCCGCUCUCUUUUACAGAAACGUGCUGGCCGGAGGGUGGGGCGUGAGAGAGGCUAGGAGGACGUAACUCCAGAAGCCUCCACUUCUGACAGGAAACCAUCCACCUUUCCAGGGAGCUGCUACCCCCAUCAUCACUUACACACACAGCUUCCCAUCUCCAGCUUGCCCCUCCUCCCCAGACACAGAUGAAACUCCCCAGAGGUGUUUGGGGAGGAUCACUGACCGUGUACAGGGAGGUACAACUGCCCCCAAAGGCCACCUCGACUCUCCUGCACUGACCCGACCCCGGCCAGAGGGGAAUCAUAAGUGCCAGGCACCUCCGUGUGCCAGGCUCUGUGCUGCCAGGUGGUCAAUCCUCCCAACAGCCUCGAAAGACAGGCACCUCAUCUGCAUGUCAAAUGAGGAGAGAGACUCAGAGAUCUAAGUGACUCAUCCAGUCACCAAAGCCGGGAGUGGGACAGCAGCAUCCAAAUCCAGGCUGAUUCAAACAGUGGUCCAUGGGGGACAGCUGACAGAACUAGGAGACGAUGCAGGAGGCACACGAGAGUUGCCUUCCGAGUCCUGAAUGACUGGGAGGCAAAAGAGGGGCAGAAGCGUCCUAAGUGACCAUAGGUGGGACUGACAUGGUCAGGAGGUCCCAUGAGCUGCCCAGGAAGGAACCGGGUGGGCCGCAUUAGAGGUGGGGCUCCAGCCAAGGCUGCACACCAGGGAGGGCAGGAGCCACGCGCAGGGGAGAGGGCUCGAGCAGCCGGCCUUUGGGCGAUUCUAAGGCAGCUGCUGUGGCAGCACCGGUGUGACCGGCUUCUCAGACCACAGCCAUCUCGGGAGAACCAGCCAGCUCAGACUGGGGACGAGGUGGCAGUAACUAGAGCCUGAAGUCUGGCACAUGCUCCUAACCACCUGUUAGCCUGUCUUGGAUCAGAGCUGCUUUGAUGAACAGGUUCAGGCUGGGUUGGCACAAGACUGUCCCUGGUCCCUCUCUAAGAGGUACUGGCUCCCUGCGCUGGAAGGUGAGGCAGAAAGGGAAAGAAAGCAGCUCUGCUGUCCAACAUGCCAACAGAUAGAUUUGACCUGGAUCUUGACGUUGGCCUCCCAGGCUCCCCAGACAGGAAGAGGCUCUUGGUCAGGGGCGUGGAAGGCUGAGUUGCCACCAACCUGGGGCAGGUGUGGGAGCAGAGGCGACUCUAUUGGACAGGCCAGAGGAGCAGGUUCGAGCCAGCAAAGGAGGGAGGGGCUGGCUAGAUUGGCCCUGGGAUACCUGAGCUCCUUCUGUUGAGAGGACCCCUUGGGAAAAACUGAAGGGACAGUGUCAUCUCUUCCUCCUCACACAAGAACGCCAUAUGAGCAAAGAAAUUGGGCUGGCGGGAGAGGUGGGGGCCUCACACCACCUCACCCAGUCAGUUCUCCCCCACAGCUCCCCCUGGCCAGAAGAACCCCCACUCCCAGCUCUUGGGAGACACUGAUCCUUCUUGCCACACGUAUGAUAAAAGGCAAGAGCACCAGGCUGGAAUCCUGAAGACUAGUCUCCCCGUCAGGGAACCCCGGGGAGGUAUCCCAAGUCCUGAAUGACCCAGAGGCCACCAGGGGAGCCGUAUCAGUCCAAGGCACCCUGGCAAAACCUAGGAUUGGUAUCUGACACAAAGGAAUGUAAAGGUGAAAGCACCCCGUCUCGCAGUCGAAUGUUGGCCAAACCUGGCCGGCUGGCAGACCCAUCCUGUGGCCAGCUCUGCUAGCAGCCUCCACAGCAGGGUCCCAGGCUCACUGUCAUCACCGGCUUCUCUCACCCUGGGCAGUGCCAGCCAGGUGGCGGCUGGGGGCCACCACUGAGCAGAGGGGCCCCACCGGCUCUCCUUGUCCCUUGUGAGCCAGCAGGGGUGUGAAGGGUGAGACCUGACAAACUCGUUCUGCAGGUGAGUGAGGGCAGAUUCUCUGGAGCCAGCUCCAUGGGGACUCAGGUGUUCUCUCUGUGUGGCACAGCCUGGCAGGAAGCCCGGCAGGAACCCAGCUCAGCAUGGCAGCCGGCAACUUCCUGCAGGAGAUGCGCUCGGUCGGUGAGAGGCUGCUGCUGAAACUUCAGAGGCUGCCACAGGCCGAGCCCGUGGAGAUCGUGGCCUUCUCGGUCAUCCUCCUUUUCACAGCCACGGUUGUGCUGCUGCUGGUGGUAGCCUGUAGCUGCUGCUGUGCUCAGCCCAGAGGCAGAAAGGCUCAAGUGCGGCCGGUGACCCCGCCGUGAGGGAUGGAGACAUGACCGAGCAGAAGCUGGAGAGGAGGCUGCCGGAGCCACGGCCCACGUGUCAGCCCGGCCCUGCAGCUCGCCCCCCUCACGACCAAGAUCCACCGUGUCAGCUCUGGCCAAGAACUGCCCAGGAACCGGACACUGAUACCUGGAGGCUUAUCAGGGAAAUAAGGGCUGUUACAGCCACAAGACCUCCACCUGAACACGGUGCAAGGAGGAGCUGACUGUUCCAAGGACCCAACAAGCCACCACGGUCCUUGGCCGACCUGAACUUUUUAACAAAACACGGAAGCGGGGUCCCCAAACCUCGAUGGAGAACAGCCCGCACCUGUGGGGAGCUGGCCCUCGGCGUUCUGCUGACCCACGCCAAAGAGGAACGGCCAACCAGAGGGACUUUGUGCAACAGCUACGGGAUCCCAAGCUCCCCGCCAGAGACGGGGCAUGUCAGUAUUCUAGUCCAGUAUUUGCCUGUUUCUUUCCCAGUAAAAGCUUUUUGGUUAUGCGCUUCUGUGGCGCCAGGCUCCCUGGACAGGGCUCUGGGCGAGAAUUCCAGGGGUGUGGCCAGUGACUGUCCUUUCAGGCCUCUGCUCUCCCUGUGCCCAUGCUGGAAAAACACACAGGCAGGAAUGCCACACAGGAGGGCAUGCCAUGGAACCAGUGAAGGGUGCAGUGGAAUUCCUGUCAAGCACUAGUUGCUAACGAGCUCUGUCUCCCAGAUGCCUACUCUGUAAAGAUGGAGGCUGUGUGUGCCCCAGGCAGGUGCUGGCUCAGAAAUGCCACUUAAGUCUCCAUUGCCAUUCACUGUAGCCUGCACAUCCCACACUAGCAGGCUCAGGCCACUGGGUCUUCUCAAGCUUCUGGAGUAAAAGAAGAGGUCAGGCCCCUAGUACCACCUGUAACCUACGUCCCGACCCCUUCGCCCUGUCCCCACUCGUGUGCCACAGGCUGGGUUCAGAGCUCCGCCCCCACCACCCACCAGCUGUCAGUAGAGGUUAGUGACCCGACCUCCCCGAGCCAUGGUUCCUCCCUGUGAAACAGGGCUAGUCCUGGUAACUGCCUCCUGGGCUGAGUGCGUGGGGAUAAACUCAGAUGCACCACACGGAGCACUCGGCACAGUGCGGGCCGUACCCUAAGAGUCUGCAGCUAUGGUUAGCCGCUCUACGCAAGGGGCCGGCCCAGAGCAACGGGGACCCAUUUCAAAGGCUGGUCCUACUGAAAUGCAACACCGACCUUGCCUCCCUCCCUUCCAUUUACUUUGUCUUCUAGAGAAGUCUCCAGGUAGAGCUACAAACCUAGGAAUGAUGGUAAGGGAAGCAGAGGCCCCCCCACGGCACCUUCCCUUCCUUCCCCACGGGUCCCCCAGAGCCAUAGGAGGUCUGCAUUUUUGACAUGCCUCUGUCAUCCUGGCCUGGGCAGCCCCUGCUCUGCUGCUUGGGUCAGCAACCCAUCCAUCCAGGAAACAGGGACUGGGGAGGGGAUGCGGGCCCCUCCAGCUGGCAGGCGAGUGGGAGUCACUCUCUCCCUGGCUGGUUUCACUUCCUGGUGUUCAUGGACUUAUCUGACGGGUUUGAUGUGGACUGAAGACUCAGAGAGGAAGUGCCUCCACACAAAAUGAAAGAAAUUCAAGAAUCUGCCUGUACCCUCCAUCCCCUCACCAGAGAAUAGGAUUCAGCCUAAUAAUAAUAGUGAUGAGGAUGAUGAUGGUAAAGAUAACCGAAAUUCACUGAGGGCUUAAACAUGCUCAGGCUUUGUCUUAAGGAUUCUGAUGCAGAUAAAUAAAUGUCAUUGUCACAACAACGCCAAUGCGAUAGAUGCCAUUAUCACCCCCAUUUUAAAGAUGAGGAAAUUGAGCCUUAGUGAAACGAUACUAGGUAAUUGUCUAAGUUCAACCAGCUGGAAAGUGGCAGAGCCAGCGUCUGGCUGCAGAGUCCCUGCUCGCCACACCCAGGGCUCCGAGGCCUCCCACUUGCAGUGUCCAUUAGGCUCUGAUUCUAUUACCCUCCGUCAACCAACCCUACAUCCCAAACACCCACACCCAGAACUGUCUCAAAAUAACCUCCCUGUGAGCGAGCGGGCGGGGCCCACUAGGUCUCCCUCCCAGAAAAAACACUGACGGACGGCGUGGGAAGCCCGCCUUUUUCGGUCCCUGCACCGACAGCUGGAGGGUCCCCAGGAAGCUCCGGGCUCAGCAGCUGCUCCAACAGCACGACAGUCCAAUCCCCGUGUGACUUUGCCCUGAGCAAGUUUUCAUCAGCAUCGAGAAUGUCCCUUCCUAAGGAUGGCUGAGCCUCUUUGCUACAAAACAUCCUGGCUUCCUGGUCCAGCUGCCAAGAGGUAGAAACCACAGACAGCCUUGGGCACCGACAGGCUGAUCAGCCGGUUUAUGUGCAUUUUCCUCCUCUGUGCCAGGCAGUACCUAAGUGCGAAGUCCAAAUAAGAUGCUGUCCGUCCCUGCCCUCAGAGGGCUGACUACUCCCCAUUCCUUGGCACCCGGGCACACACUGAGCACUGCCCCCAGUGGCUCUGCGAGCUGUUGGGCCAAGUCCCGGGCAGACUUCAUUCCCACUCAGCUCAGCCAACCCGAUGUGCUGCAGACACAGCAGCCUGCACACUCCCGGCACGGUCUUCUCCGGGGAAGACGGGGCACGGAGAGGGGCAGCAUUUCCCCCACGGUGGAAAGAACAGCAGAGGGGCACAGCAAGACGGCUGGUGGCCAUGACGGGGCAGCCAUCAGGCUGUCUGGGGCCCAGAGAAUGUCUGGCUGACCCUGGAUGCCACGUCUCUCCAUUGCCUCGACUGAGCCACCAUCAGUGUUUGCCUGCGGUCACUGCAGCAGCGGCCUAGCCAGUCUCCGCACUCACCUCGCCAGUCUCCUCAUGUCCCCCACCCCCAACGGUGGCUUCUGCCACCACACAGUCGUCUCUUGGUUCCUCAAAAGGGUUUCCCAAUGCACUGAAGAUCUGUGCAUUUUACUGUCUGCACGUUAUGCCUUAUCAGACACUGCAGUAAGGCGACUGGUGCAAGAAUUGCAUUAGCAGAACUUGGCAGAGAGCAUACAAAGCGGUUUUCUCCUAAAUCUGUUUUUAACAUCUGAAAGCAAUCUAUAAUAAAAGUCUUCA